AUGGAGACGCAAGGGGUGGAUUUCCAUCAGAGAAGGACGGAUAAGUGGCCCCGAAAACGAUCUCGUUUAACAUGGGAAAUGCCUCCUGUCACUCCUCCUGAUCAUCACAAGAUGCUUCCAACAAUAUAUCCAGGGAAAGAGCUUGGGCCAGUUGCCAAUUAUGCAUAUUCUUCUAUAUAUUACAAGGGGGUUCCCCACAAUGUAUCUCCACCAUGGGGGCUGGAUGACAAAGACGGUCACUAUGCUUUUGCCAUUUGCGAGAAAUUAAAUCCUCGUUAUAGAAUACUCAGCAAAAUGGGUGAAGGGACUUUUGGAGAAGUCCUUGAAUGUUUGGACAAUGAAAAGAAAGAGGUUGUUGCAAUUAAAAUUGUCCGCUCUACACAAAAGUACCGGGAAGCUGCCAUGAUUGAGAUUAACGUUUUAAUGAAACUUGCAAGACACAACGUUUGUGGCAUACUGUAG